AAUAGCCACCCUUCAAGAAGGAUUCAAGAAUGUCUCCAGCUACAAUUUUUGUGUUAUAGUACACAUAAUAAAGUGCUUUACUUACCUUUUUCUUGGAUCUUUAUGCACUUUAUUUCUCUUUUUCUUCUUCUUACAAAAAAAGUUCUUAUCAUCAAUGGAAAUGGGAGGUGACAAAGAUAAUAAUAAGCAUGCUCAUCAUGAAGAUCAAUGGCUGAUCACACAAGCUGAUGAAGAUGAUGAUUAUAUGUAUAAUAAUUCAUCUUCUUCAUUUGGCAAUUCGAGUAGUUGUACUAAUGGAACAUCUUGUUCUUCAUCAGAUUUAGCAGAUGAUGCAUCUUCUUCAUCUUCAUCUUUGAAUUCUAAUGGCCCUUUGUUUCAAUUAUCAGAGCUCAUGGCCCAUCUACCAAUCAAGAGAGGAUUAUCAAGUUUUUAUCAAGGAAAAUCUCAGUCUUUUACAUCUCUAUCAAGUGUAGAAGGCAUUGAAGAUCUAGCAAAGAAGCAAAUUCCAUAUAGAAACUAUAAAUCAUACACACUUCCAAAGGCUAUAAUUUCAAAGAAGGUCUCAAGAGGAAGAAGAGGUUCAUGUUUAUCUUUUCCUUGUGGAAGAAGCAAUGUUUUUAACAGUACAAGGCCUCCUCUAUCUCCUCAAAUACAAAAAAAGGUUUAAGUUCUUUAAUGUGUGCAUGAAAGUUUUGAUCAAGUUGCUGCAAUUUUUUGAUUGUAUAUGAAAAUGUAAUUGAGAUUUGAGAAUGAGUUAUUUUUUUACAAUCUUAUGAAACUUGACUACAAUUUUAGAAUGUUUUAA